AUGUAUAAGCAGUCGCAGACCGUCGCGAACCAUCGCAGCGUCGGCUCGCAGCGCAAAGCAGGCGUCGCACGAGCUGCCAAGCGACAAUCUGGAAGCAGCGCGAAACAGUCGCGUGGCAGCAGGAAGGCCGCCAACAAACCUUCUCCGUCCAGCGCGCCGAGCCGGCAGCAGCAGGACCGCUUGAAUGACAGUCAAUCAAGUCAACCAAUUCAACCAGAGCGGCCAGAGAAAUCAGCCCAGGAAAUUUCCGAGUUGACCCAGGCGUCAAUGAAUUUGAGUCAAUCAGGUCAAUUGAGUCAACCGGGUCAACCGUCGCCAUCCACAGCUACACCCGCUACCUCUCCACCUUCUCCUUCCUCUUCCGAGUUAACUAAAAAGCCACCGCCGAUAGCUGCACCCGUCUCUCCAGAUUCUACUUCCUCUUCCGCCCCUGCUGCCCCUGCUGUCCCUGCUGCUCCUGUCGCUGUCGCCCCUAGAGAGGAGGUUUGGCGGGCGUGUCUAACCACUUCAGGAGGCUUGGCCGUAGCUGGGCUGCUGGUCAGACAGCUAUCCGCCUGGGGGCAUGACGCUGGUGCGCCCAUCACUGACUGCUUUCAAGCCAUGCCAUUGACCCUAUCACCAGCCAGCAUACCGUUCGCCCUCGCAGCAGCAGCCAUCGUGUCAGCAGCUCGCCUCGCUCUGCUGCGCCUCUCCCCGGCCUUCCUCGAUGCCACCAAUGCCUCCAACACACGGGCCCUUUCAAACCUGCAAGCCACGGACCUCAUCUGGGUGUCGCUGCUUCCAGGCAUCUCCGAGGUGCGUGCUGCUUAUUUCAAAGGCUGGCUGGUGUGCACUCCGUUCCAUACUCUGCUGCGUCUCUCCCCAGCCUUCCUCGAUGCCACCAAUGCAUCCAACGCACGGGCGCUGUCUAGCCUGAACGCCACGGACCUCAUCUGGGUGUCUCUCCUUCCAGGCAUCUCCGAGGAGCUGCUCUUCCGAGGGGCACUGCUGCCGCUGGUGGGGGUGAAUGCAGUGGGGGUGAUAGUAUCGGGGGCUGUCUUUGGACUGCUGCACGUCACGGGCGACCGCAACCUCACCUUUUCUGCCUGGGCAUCAUCCGUAGGGUGUGUGUAUGGCGUGCUGGCAGUGGCCACGGGGCAUCAUCUGUGGGGUGUGCGUACGGCGUGCUGGCUGGCAGCGGUAUCAUUCACCCCCCACCCCCCUUUGCCCUCCUACCACAGGGCAACGAGUGUGGGGUGUGUGUAUGGUGUGCUGGCAGUGGCGACGGGUGACAUGGCCAGUGCCAUGCUCGCUCACUCCCUCGCCAACCUGGUGUCUGCUGGCUGGUGGAAAUGGCAGCAGCAGGAGCAAUAG